AUGGAUAGGCUAAUCGAGAUCAGCGAGGAAGAAAUGUGGACUGACUACCUUGAAGAGGUAAACAAGUUGCUCCACGAAGAGAAAGCAGCUAGGCACGAGAAUGACGCAGUCAAGCUCAGCGAGAUCUGCAAAAGAAUCAUGGAGCUCUCAAUUGAUCAGAAGGAGUACAAAUGGCUCAGAUAUUUUAUGAUCCUGCUGACCAAGAGAAGAGGACAGGCUAAGAAAGCAGUCACUGAAAUGGUCCAACAGGUCAUGACCUAUCUUGACAAAAUGCCUACUAGAGAGGAGAAGUUUAAUCUUAUUAAUUCCUUGAGAGAAGCUACUGAAGGAAAAAUUUAUGUAGAGGUUGAGUACGCCAGAUGUACCAGAAUCUACUCUGAAAUGAAAGAAGAGGAUGGAGAGCUCGAUGAAGCUACUGACACCAUCCAGGAAGUCCAAAUAGAAACCUACGGGUCUAUGGAGAAGGAAGAGAAGUUAGAGUAUAUCCUCUAUCAACUCAAACUUGUACUCCUGAGGAAAGAUUAUGUGAGAACUCAGAUCAUUCUCAAGAAAAUCAGCAGGAAAGGGUUAGAAGUUAAAGGCCUUGAGAAGAUCAAAAUCAACUAUUAUUCACAGAUUAUUGAGUAUUACAACCAUGAGAAGGAUACUCUUGAAGUAGCUAAAUGCUAUCAGACCAUCUACAACACCAUGAAGAAAGUAGAGGAGGAUAAAGAGUCAGAUUUAGAGUUCCCAUAUGAAGAGAAAAACAAGAAUUUCGAAAACUUCGUGAUCUAUCUUAUGAUCACCUCAUACUCUAAUCAUCAAGUUGAUCUCUUGAACAUAGUGAAUACAAGAUAUUCAAGAGAAUUGGAAUCCAAUCCAGUACUUGAAAAAUUUGUUCACAAAUUCCUACUUUCAGAGCUGAUGCCACUUGAUGAAGACAAUGUGAAAGAGCAGUUAGGAAUUUAUGAGCCAUUCCAGGCCCAUAUCGAAUUUGCAGAUGAGCACCUUGAUAGUCUUUUCAAACAGAUUAUUCAGCACAAUCUCCGUGUGAUCGAGAAAUACUACACUAGGAUCAGACUUGAUCGUCUCUCUCCUCUCAUUGGGGUUGGAAUUGAUAGAACUGAACAAGAAAUUGCAGAUAUGGUGAUUAACAAAAGAAUUGUUGCCAAGAUCAACAGAAUUGAUGGCAUAGUGAAGUUCGGAAAGAAGGAAUUCACAAAUGAUACUCUGAACACCUGGAACCAUGACAUUAAAUCCUUGCUGUCAAAGAUAGACACCACUUGCCAUUUAAUCAACAGGGAAAGAGUGGUUUAUGAUAAGUAA